AUGCCAUUUGUUCUGACCUAUUCGUUCGUAUUCAUAGCGUUCGUCAUCCUAGCCCUUUACAAAUUCCUCCAGGGUUUACUUCCCCAAGGCCUACCAAGUCUGACCACUAGCCAAUUUUCGUACGGCAACCAGAGCGUUUCUAUCCGUCUUCUCACCAAAACCGAGCCGAAGAAACCCGUCAAUCCUAAUAUGUCGUCCGCACGGCUUCCGGAACGUUCUAAGCUUGGCCUUGAGGACCCAAGAGUUUUCAAAUGUUUUGAUCGUGGUGACAAAUAUUUUUGGGAUGAAAAUCGUUCCUCACGAUCAUCCAAUGUUAGUAUCACGAGGUCUACGGCACAACUGAAUAAUAUUAUCGAAAAAAUUGCAGAGACGCUCGAUAACGCUGCUCAAGCCUACCCCGCUGGCUCCUACCGGUAUUUUAUUCCCCGGAGUGAACUUUCGAGCGUUACAGACAUCAAUACGGUUCAUUCGGUUCUUCGCUCUCUGUUGUGCUGCAAUGUCUUCUCUCCAACCGACAUUAGUACACUCGCUCAUGAGAUUUGCUUCGGAAGUGGCACAAGAUGUCAUCGUCCUUGCAGCAAGCUCCUAGCUCUUUUAAUCCUUAGCGACUGUCAUGAAGAUCUCAUCACACUUAUCGACGAGGGCAUGGAUGAUCACUGUUUACCGCUUGAGAUGGUCACUGGAAGUAGACCUUUGAGAUGCCGGAACCCCCAGCAUAACCACCGAGUGAUUAACGACUAUAGUUCAAAGAAACGCCGUGAAUUCCACCAAUGGUCCUACGCUGUAAAGGCCCCGUACUUCACGAAACCGAAGAAUCAACAUGUCCACUAUGUCCUGGAACACAAUGACGUACUUCCAAUACUUCAGGCUGAGGAUCACACGGCAUUAGGAGCUCUACGUGUCACGCAACCUAGGGCUAAGGCUCCGAAGCAAGCAGAAUGCGUUUCGACGUAUGGAGGAUUUAGUCACGUUCAGCGUGUCAAAUUUCACCCCAGCCAUAUCCAGUUUGGUCCCGAGAAUCACCUCAAUGGAGAAAAGCCAUUUGCUUUGAAGAAAUUACGAUCUAAAAAUGUUGACGACUUCAACAAAGAGCUGGCAUCUCUUUUGACUUUCCAGGGAGGAGAUUACAAGCACCUCAUCCAGCUACUUGUUACCUUCGAAAUAAAAGGGGCUCAAGGCUCAGAUUCGUCCGAGUUUCAUCUUGUAUUUCCCUGGGCUGAUGGAACCUUGUGGGAUUUUUGGAAUCUUUACCAGGACCCUGAGCAGCGAAGUACUCGAAGUCUGUGGAUGGCAGAGCAAUGCUAUGAGCUCGCAAUCGCAUUACAGCUCGUGCACAAUGAACGAGAUCAGAAUCUCAGGAAACUUACCGACGUCGAUAAAAACGAUUAUGAUCUGUACGGGAGGCAUGGAGAUGUCAAAGCAGAAAACACACUUUGGUUUGGAAGUAGAGAUAUUCUCGUGAUGACAGACUUUGGACUGGGUCGGCUGCACAGUAAAAUUUCCGUGUCUAACGAUACGAGGUCCUCCGAAGGAACGAUGACCUACCGUGCACCCGAAAUCGACACCAGGGAAGGAAAAAUAACACGAGCUUGCGAUAUAUACUCAAUGGGAUGCAUGUUCCUAGAGUUCAUAACGUGGCAUCUUGAAGGAUGGAAGUCUGUUAGCGAUGACCUUCCCAAUUCUAGGAUGGGAGAAGACCAUCAUGGAUUUCAUACUGAUACAUUCUUCCAAAUCGUCGAAACCCCCGGAGAACCUCAGAUCGCGAUAACAAAGCCUCAGGUGACCAGGUGGAUCAGUCGCUUGAAGCAGCAUCCUAAAUGUACUCAAUUUCACCUGGACUUCUUAGAACUCGUCGAGGAACGGAUGCUCGAGCCCAAAGCACAAAAAAGAAUCAAAUCUCCUGACUUAACAAGAAGGUUGGGGGUUCUAUGGAAAACAUGCCGAACAGACUCCGAGUACUGGAAACUUCCAGCUUCUCCUUCCAAGCUUCCUAAUUAG